AUGCUCCCGAGAACCAAGAGACCCGAAGCCGUCUCAUUCGGGGGCCUCGCCUCCGCCACCAACCUCCCGCGCGUCGCGCAGCUCGUACAGAAGCGCAAACAGACCAACCCCAGCCCACGACUAUGUGAGCGGUGCCAAGACUGGGACGUCCCCGACUUUGCUGCCGGUCUGGGAUCCAAGGCACACCACUACGUCUCUUUGGAGAACAUUUCACUUCAAUCAUUAGAGUGUAUCUCUUGCCACGCGAUCGCGGCGGCUGUCGAGGCGCGAAGGCGGGAGGAUGAGUGGUUACGUGAGUGCUCCGAGGCGUGCUUGUUCGUCACGCUUCAGGGCCCUUUCUUCCUUGACUCGGGGUUAGCUGAAGACCAGAAGUAUCGGUUGUUCGUCUCUUCCGAUGAUGAAGUUUCUGUGAGGUUGUUUCUGGAGUUGACUCUGAGUGCCGUGCCAGACAAGUCGAAGCUGGGGGCUUUGAAUUCGUUGCCGUCUCCCUUUGCGGUCACGCCGCAGUUUCUCUUCAGAUACUCGACAGAUGAACCUCAGAGACUCCUGGCGAUCGAAGGUUGGGAGGCUGAAUACUUUGACGUUCAGACAUUGAAGGUUUGGAUCGAUGGCUGCGAGAUCCUUCACGGCCACCACUGCGUGAGCAAGUACAAGUCGAUUGAUCAUCUUCCUAUCGGCUUCAGGGUCAUCGAUGUCCAUGGAAUGAAAAUUGUCAAGCCGUCAAGGCCGGUCCGCUUCGUUGCUCUCAGCUACAUGUGGGAGGCCUCCGAGGCAUCGGGACAUGCUCAACUAGAGAAAACAAACGCAGAGGACUUGGAAGCUGCGGGGAGCCUUGAGUCUGUCAAGUUACCACGCAUCAUUCUGGACGCGAUAUCUCUCUGCAGAGACCUUGGUGAGAGCUACCUUUGGGUAGACCGUCUUUGUAUUGUUCAGGACGACGAGCGAUCGAAGCCUGACCAGAUCGACGGGAUGGACCGAAUUUACCAGUCUGCGUCUUUCUCAAUCCUGGCCGCGCUGAAUGAUCGACAGGGUAAUGGUUUUCCUGGAUAUGCUGGUAAUCCGAGGAGACCUCGCGCCUCUUUGUGGUGCCCUCCGCGGAACCGAAACGUUGGGAAAGGUAUUGACCCGAACGGCCUGCAAACAGUAGUCGACGCAUCCCUGUGGAACCGGAGAGGAUGGACAUUCCAAGAGAGGCUACUUUCCAGGCGCAGCAUUUUUAUCACGGAGCACCAGGUCCUGUUCCAAUGCUGUCGUGGUCACGCCGCCGAGGAACUUACUUGGGGACGAGCACGACAUGAAGUUCCUACACUCGUGCCUAGAGAGGAAGCAUUUCCACCUCAAGCAGAAGACUCUAUCGACGAAUACGAUUCAACGGCUCGUCAUACGGCUCAAAUAGACAUCAACGAACCGACGACCGAGCAGAAGACACACCGCAUACCCAGCAUCCCAGGCUUCUACCGCCGAGCGCUCCACAGCAAAGAUGCACCAGUCAAGCUACGAGGCCAAGUAUCCCUAGCAAACUACUGCCAAUGGGUUGAAGACUACACAUCGCGACAGCUCUCCCGCGAGACGGACAUCCUCAACGCCUUCGCGGGCGUCGGCAACGCCGUAGGCGAGUCCAUGCGCACAAAGAUGACCUUCGGCCUACCGGACACGUACCUCCCUCAGACGCUCAUGUGGAGCCACACGGGCGCCGUCCGACGUCGAGAUGACGCGGGCUUGAGGAUUCCGAGCUGGAGUUGGGCGGCGUGGUCGUCGGUUGAGGGAGGGAGUGCUGCGAGUUACCGGUGGCUUCACGGUAAUGCGCGACUAUACGAUACCAAGCUCGUGCGGAUCGUGACGCUGGUGCAGUUUCACGUACACGAUACCAGACGCGUCGCCUCCAGGCCUCAAGACGACGGGAAUGGGCUGCGCAGAGUUCGAGUGACGGAACGGUGGCUGGGCAGCUGCAUGCAACUGGCCAGGAUGAGCGGGAUCGAGAAGCUGCCGCCCUUGCAGAGGAAGAUGGCCGGCGGCAAGUUUAACGUCUCUGAGGAGACGAACGAGAAGUACACCGCCAUGUGGCGGGAGUGUCCGCACAGCCCUUGGGAGGCUCUCGCGCACGUGGAGCUCGAUCCGGAGGCCGUUGAGGUAGCGGCUGGCUUACCGGGGGCACUGGUGUUUAACACGACUGUUGCCUCGCUGCGAGUCGGGCAGACCAGCUAG